GGCGGGAUUGAUCGAGAAAAUGUAGUCAAUCGAACCUUAUACAUCAGAUCGCACGCUUCCAACAUGGACGGAGAAACUAAAAGCCUCGAAUCUAUCAUUGAAAACAAUCUAAACGGCCGGGACUUGGACGAGUUUAACAGAAUAUAUUACGGACGGAAGAACCACCAUGAGGUCCAGUUAAAGGAAUCUUCCAUUGCUGCUGCCAAGGACAAUAACUUCGAAAUCGCUGCCUACGCCUUCCCUGCUAAGAAGGAGCACACCAGGCCACCUAGAAUUGUCAAGGUAGGAGUAAUCCAGCACUCCAUCGCCGUACCCACUGACCGGCCAAUUAAUGAACAAAAGAACGCAAUAUUCGCGAAAGUGAAGAAAAUCAUUGACGUAGCUGGCCAAGAGGGCGUGAACAUAAUUUGUUUCCAAGAGCUAUGGAAUAUGCCAUUCGCAUUUUGCACCAGGGAGAAACAGCCAUGGUGUGAGUUUGCUGAAUCCGCUGAAGAUGGCCCCACGACGCGUUUCCUCCGCGAGCUUGCAAUCAAAUACGCAAUGGUCAUCGUGUCGUCGAUCCUCGAGAGGGACGAGAAGCACGCUGAUAUCCUGUGGAACACCGCAGUUAUUAUUAGCGACACGGGGAACGUGAUCGGCAAGCACCGCAAAAACCACAUUCCGCGAGUGGGCGACUUCAAUGAAUCUAAUUACUACAUGGAGGGCAACACGGGACACCCAGUUUUUGCGACUCGGUACGGUAAAAUCGCUGUUAAUAUUUGCUUUGGGCGUCAUCACGUAUUGAACUGGAUGAUGUUCGGGCAGAACGGCGCUGAGAUCGUUUUCAACCCCUCAGCCACGAUCGCUGCAGAGGCCGGUAGUGAGUACAUGUGGAAUAUCGAAGCGAGGAACGCUGCUAUAACCAAUUGUUACUUCACAGCGGCUAUCAACAGAGUUGGUUAUGAGGAGUUCCCGAACGAGUUCACAUCGGCUGAUGGGAAACCUGCGCAUAAAGACUUGGGCCUGUUCUAUGGGUCCAGCUACUUUAGCGCUCCAGAUGGAGUCAGGUGUCCAGGAUUAUCCCGUACCAGAGAUGGUUUAUUGAUUUCCGUAAUGGAUUUGAACAUGAACAGGCAGAUAAGAGAUCGUCGUUGUUAUUACAUGACGCAACGAUUGGAUAUGUAUGUCAAGAGUCUGAGCAAAGUUUUGGAGUUAGAUUUUAAGCCUCAGGUUGUUCAUGAGAACGAGAAGUGUAAGGAUAAGGAAUAAUACGGAUCAUGUCACUGUUGAUUUAAAUAAAAACCGUUACAAAUAAAAAUAUUUUUAAAAGUAU